AUGGCCGCGCCGCCGCGUUGGGCCGCGCUCUGCACGCUGCCGCCGGGCCCGGGGCCCCCGCGCUUCGUGUGCUUCUGCGAGGAGGAGCGGGGCGAGGAGGAGCGGGGCGAGGAGGAGCGGGGCGCCGGGGGCCGGCGCGGCUUCCGCCUGCACGUGACGGAUGGCGCGCGGCUCUGGAGCACCUGCUUCCCGCCCGCCCGCCUGGCGGCCCUGAACGCCCGAUGCGGCCUGAGCGCGGCAGAGGACCUCGCCCCCCAGUUCAGGGCAGCCUUCCAGCGGCAAGCGGUGGCCUUCACUCCGCAGGGGGACGGGGCGUCCCUGACCCUCUCUGGGGGGCCCUGGCCGCUGGACUUUGACCUCUCUGAAGUGCCGGGCCCCGAGGCUGCCCCCAGGCUGCAGGCACUGACGCUGAGCCUGGCCGAGCGUGUGUGCAGCCUGGAGCGGCAGCUGGCAGCCGCAGAGGAGACGGCCGCCAGCCCCAGGAAGAGCCCUCGGCCAGGGGGGCCUCUGCCCUUCUCACCAGACCCAGAUUCUCAGAGAGGCGGCCCUGGGCCUGGGGUCAGGAGGCGGAGCCCCGGAGAGUCCCUCAUCAACCCCGGCUUCAAAAGUAAGAAACCGGCCAGUGGCGUCGACUUUGAUGACCUCUGACCCUGCUGCGGAGAGUGGGGUCCCGCUGCCCGGAGUUUGCCUGUGAGAAGAGGGGCAGUCUCGAGGUCCAGCCUCCGAGCCCCUCCCCCGUUCAGUAAACGGCC